AUGGGAUGGGCAGUUAAGAAAGCAGGUGGCGGCGGAGAUAUCUUCAAGUUGGAGCCAGAAGUGCCUUCGGGUACGCCUCAAUACGCUUGGUUGUGGCUGUCCUGCAUGUCAAGCGUGACAGGGCAGUGGGCCACCAUGGGCGUCAACAUCCCCGACUUUUUGCGUUAUUCCAAGAGCCCCAAUGGCCAGCUCGUGCAACUACCGUUUGUCCCUCUCGUGUUUACACUCUGCGGGACUCUCGGUAUCAUCACGACAUCAGCAACAAAGGUGUUUGUGGGCGAGUACCUCUGGAAUCCCCUUGACAUUGUCAGUCUCUGGCUUGCAAAUGGAUCCGGAGGCCGAGCUGCUGCCUUCUUUGCGGCGUUGGCAUGGUUCAUUGCCACUGUCGGAACGAACAUCACAGCGAACUCCAUCAGUGCUGCGAACGAUCUGACAGUCAUGUUCCCCCGCUACUUGAACAUCAAGAGGGGUUGCAUGGUCGCAGCGGUGAUUGGCGGCUGGGUUCUGGUCCCGUGGAAGAUCCUCAGCUCGGCGCAGACAUUCCUGAACUUCAUGGGCGCCUAUGCUGUCUUCCUUGCGCCCAUCAGCGGCAUCAUGGCGGCAGACUUUUGGCUCGUCAAGAAGCAGCGAUACGACCUGCCUGGGCUGUACGAUCCCCACGGCCGCUACCGUUUCGAUGCGGGCGUUAAUUGGAGAGCGCUUGUUGCCUUUAUCGUUCCUGUAGCGCCUUCGUUGCCGGGCAUGGCACUGGCUAUCAGCGGCUACCCGGCAGUCAAGAUCUCAGACGGUGCGCAGCAUCUGUACAGUUUCGACUGGCUUUUUGGAUUCGUUGUGUCAAUCUUUUUAUAUACGACACUCAGCUGGCUUGUGCCGGCGAGGGAGUCUCUCAUAUCGCAGACGAUUUGGGUGCGGGAGGGCAUGGAUAUCGAGGGCACUCAGGGCAGUGAUGUCGAGACUCCGAAAGACAAGACUCCCGAAAAGGUUCAAGCCGCAGCUCGGGAUGGCCAGCAAACUCCAGAUUCCAAGGUGCUCUGA